AUGGAGUUUAAGAAUCAGGCAGAAGGCAGGCCUGGGAACAGCAGUUAUGGUGGUGGUUCUGAGACAGAGACUCUUGAGUGGGAGAGUCUCAAAGAUGCUCAGACCCAUAGAAAGCACAUCGAGACAAACAGGGUGUUUGAGUUUUUGGCAGGACUGAAUUCAGAAUAUGAUAUUGUGAGGCAGCAGAUUUUGACCAGAGAUAGUGUGGCCCUCUCUCAGGCAUACUUCUUAGUGCACAGUGAAGAGACCAGGAGGAAAGUCAUGAUGCAACCUCAACCGCUUACACCUGCCUUGGUAGCUGUCAAACCCAAAACAGGGGGUGAUUCAGAGAGGGACAGAAAGAAGGAAGAUAAAAGGGAUGUGGUAUGUGAGCAUUGUAAGAAACCUAAACACACAAAAGAAACAUGUUGGAAGCUGCAUCCACAUUUGGUCCCGACAAAGUUGAGAAACAAGAAGGGUAAUGCUCAUGCGGCUGUGACUACUGAUUCAGCAUCCUUGUCUGGCACAAGAGGCACACCCUUAGAGACCUUAGCUGCAGUUCGAGCUGCUCUAAUAUAG